AGUGUAAACUUUCUAUCUAAUUGGAUUAAAUCUAUAAGUUAAAUAGUUUUCUUACUCCUUUUAGUGGUGGAUUUGAGUUUGAUGAACUUCCAAGUACUCUGGAGUCGGAAGGUGGUGGUCUAAAUGUUGACGAUGAUCUACCCGCUGGUAUGCGUAAAGAGAUUGAUGUAUUAAUCAAAGAGAAUAUGGAACUUGUUGAAAUGAAAAAUGCUCUCAAUGUUGUGAAAGACGACCUACUAGCCAGAAUUGACCAUUUAACAUCUGAGAAUAUAUCAUUACGUGAAUCAGUAGAUAUGUUAACUGAUUCACGUAUUCGUUUACAAAGUGAAUUAACUAAUACUGAUCAAUUAUUAAAUGAUGCACGUUCAGAAUUAAGUCAAUUAACUGAAAAAUUAUCAUUAUAUCAAGAUAAAACAAAUGUAGAAUCAACUAAUUCCGCUCAAGUUAAACGUUUCACACGAUCCGAAAUGGCACGUAUUCUAGCUGAACGUAAUCAUUAUAAAGAACGUUUAUUAGAAUUACAAGAUGCUGUACGUUUUACAGAAACUUUACGUGUCAGUCAAAAAGGACAUCGUGAACUAUUCAUGACUAAAACACCGACAAUACAACAAUAUAAAUUUGAUUCAAAUAGUCCAGUUAGUGGUCCAUUACAAAGUCUACAAAAGUUCUUCUCAUCAUUUACUUCUGGUCAACGUUCUGAAAAUUCAAAUGAAUUAAUUCACAACGUUGGAAAUGAGUUGUCAAUUCAUGGCACAGAUAAUUCCCUAUCAUGGAUUACAUUGUCAACGACAUGUGCUCAUUCCCCGAUUUACGGUUGGGCAACUGGAAAACAAUCGGACCGUAGAUCCAGUUGUAAUAAUAAUAACAAUAAUAAUGGUGGUGUUAUUCAAAGUAACAAUGAUUCUGUUGAUGAUAAUGCACAUUCUAAUGUACCAGUCCCCAUUCAAUGUAGAACAAUUGGUGGUUUGCAUAAAAAAAACUUAGAGAUAUGUACAGCACUUACUGUUCCAAUCGCAUCCUUGGAUUGUAAUUCCAAACCUAAAUAUCAUCUAUGGCUGAUUGGUCGUGGUGGUUCAGGAGAUUAUCCAAAUUCCAAUGAUUCUUCAUUAUCAGUAAAUCGUGGUUAUCUUGGACAAGUGCACAUAUUUGAACCAACAAAAUUCACUCAACCUAUUAAUAGUUUUGAUUUAGAUAAUGGUUUCUUGCCGACAGCAGCUGUUUAUGUAAAAUACAAUGAAGCUGCAUCAACUGCUCCAUCCUCAAUGGAAUUAACCUCAAAUCAUGAAUACAUUGAAUUUACAUGGGAUGUCAAUGAAUCUUAUGAUAAUAAUAGUAGUAGUAAUCUGAAUGAGACAAUUUGUAAUAAGAAUAAUGAUGGUUGCGUAAUUGUAGCGUCAAAUGAUGGACGAUUUCUAGUUUAUAGAUUAUGUUAUAGCAUGAAGUCAACCAGUUCGUCUGAUAUGGCCGGAAAUAAUGACGAUAAUAAUAGUAAUUAUAGUGAGCAAAUUGUUUCAAGUCAUUUCAAUGUUGUUGGCUUACCACAAUUAAUAUAUCGAUUUAAAACAAAUAGUCAAGGUUUAGUGGCUAAUGGGAUGAUUUCACGUGAUAAUUAUGUGUGUAUUGGUCUAUUCAAUUCACUUGGUACAACUCAUAUUGUUUGCUUUCAAUGGCCAUUAACAUUUAUGCAAAAUCAACAUAAUCAUACCGUAAAUACAUCAUCUUCAAUGAUUACUUCUACAUCCAACAAAAUACAAACAAAACAUAAACUCAUUAAUUUACCGUAUGAAUCUUUAUCAACUGGUCCGUUAAUUAUGGCUUCUUCGUUUUCAUCCUCUACUUUGUCUUCUUCUAAUCCUUGUUCUACUGUGAUUGAAAAUAAUAUUUCUUCAAUAAAUGACUAUAUUUGGCUUGGUACAGCUGGUGGUGGUCAUUGUUAUUGUUUAGCCGUCCAAUCUGGUGAUUUUAUAACAAGUUUAGCAUUACCAAAUGAAACUCCAUGUCUACAUGCAAUAUGCAUUAAACCGUCUACAACAGGAUUGGCCGACAUUGUUUGGUUAGCUGUAUCUGGCAAUCCUACAAUUUGUCCAUCAUGUGAGAAAAUUUCAACAUCUACAACCGAUAGUAAUCGUAGUAAUAUUGAUAAUAAAGACAUUGAUGAUGAUGUUAUCGUUAAUCAGAAAAAGUGUCAACAUAAUGUAAAUAGUGGAGUAAGUGUUGGAAUGGCACGUCUAUUAGGAUGUUGUCCUAAACAAAAGUGUAUUCUACGUCAAAUUGAUUUAACUAAUUCAUUGUCUUCAAUGUUAGAUAUGGAAAAUGUUACAGAUCCGAUUGAUUUAACUAUAUGUCGUUUACUUAUUAUACCACUGACUAGUGAUCAUGAAAUAUGGUUUGCUACUCGUUCUGGUCUUAUUGCUCGUUUACAUUUGGAUUACUCCAAGUAUAAACAUUCAUCAAAUGAGGUUGAAUUGUCCAAAACUUCUUCAAUAACAAUCAGUUGUCAUGGUUAUCGACGUCCUGUAUGCAAUUUACUAUUAAUUCAUCAAAUUUGUCAAAAAGCAAUUAACAAUGAAGACUUGAGUUAUUUAAUUGUAUCAGUUGGACAUGAUUAUGUUGAUCUGAGACAAUUUCAAGAACAAUAUGAACAAAAAGAUGAACAACAAACUCAUCUUCCAGUUGAUCAAAUUUCUAGCAUGAGGAUUCAUGUUAAUCGUUCACGUCAAAUGGGUUCAGGUGCUCAUGCUAUUGUUUGGAGACUAACCGAUUUAUCCCAUUAA